AAACCCCUUUUAUCAUUGCAAAAAGUGCUAAAAAAUAUGAAACCAAUAUUUUAGCUAAUGAGAAAUUAGUAUUUAGCAAUACGACUAGUUUGGAUGAUAUGAUUAGUUUAGAUAGAGAUCAAGUAAUUAGUUUAAGUGAGAAUAAUUCUGAUAAUGAAUUUUCAAUAAAUACUUAUUGGUUGGCAAAAAACCUUGUUGCAACAUCUAAAAUUACUGAUUAUACAUCUUUAACCGAAUAUCAUGUUAAGUAUACAGAAGAGAUACAUACUUCAUUAGAAAUUUAUACUCUUGAUUAUCCAUUAUUUGAAUUAUUAGAAGAAUCAUGUGCUGAUUAUGGAAGCUAUUCUAAUAAACCAGAUGCAAUUGUCAAUGAAUUAAGUAUUUUUAUACAAGCAAAAAAUUUGCCAAUUGAUCGUCUAAUGAAUAUAGGAAGUGACGGUGCAUCAGUAAUGUUAG